AAACCCUCAGACUUAACAAGUAGGACACAGAAAAGAUGACAAGUACAUGACAAGAGAAGCCUUCACUCUUUCCCUUUUCUCAUCACUGAAAAAAGACUCCAUUUUUCUCCUAAUUCUCUCACAAUGUUCUCAUUCAAUGGAAGCAACUUUACGAAUAACUCGUUAUCUGGAGUUUCAAGAUGUUUGACUCAGUCAACCAAAAGGAUGUCAGUACCUAUGGUGGUGGUGGCAUCUGUGAGUUCAAAUGGAAGACCAACAGACCGAAAUGUAAGUGUUUUAAUGGAGAAUACUUUGAAGGAAAUGAAGGAAAAUGCUCCAGUAAUUGAUAAAGAUUCUAAAUCAACGGUCACUGGUGGAGUUGGUGAUGUGUACGGUGAAGAUAGUGCCACUGAAGAUCAAACGAUCACUCCUUGGACCUUCUCUGUUGCUAGCGGAUACUCAUUGUUGCGUGAUCCACAUUACAACAAAGGGCUAGCUUUCAGCGAGAAAGAGAGAGAUUCACACUAUUUGCGUGGUCUUCUUCCUCCUGUGGUUGUCGAUCAGGAGCUUCAGGUUAAGAAACUGAUGAACAAUCUGCGUCAGUAUGAUGUACCACUGCAAAGGUACAUGGCCAUGAUGGAUCUUCAGGAGAGAAAUGAGAGGCUAUUCUACAAGCUUCUUAUGGAAAACAUAGAAGAGUUGCUCCCUGUAGUUUAUACUCCAACAGUAGGCGAAGCAUGCCAGAAGUAUGGUAGCAUCUUCAGACAUCCUCAAGGUCUUUUUAUCAGCUUGAAAGAAAAAGGCAAAAUUCUCGAGGUAUUAAAGAAUUGGCCUGAGAAGAAAAUUCAAGUUAUUGUUGUAACUGAUGGAGAACGGAUAUUGGGCCUUGGUGACCUAGGUUGCCAGGGAAUGGGAAUACCAGUAGGAAAACUCUCUUUAUACACCGCUCUUGGAGGCAUUCGGCCAUCAGCUUGCUUGCCGAUAACCAUUGAUGUGGGUACAAACAAUGCGGAAUUGUUAAAAGAUGAAUUUUACAUUGGGCUCAGGCGAAGAAGAGCUAGAGGACAGGAAUAUGCUGAACUCCUGGAUGAAUUUAUGUCUGCUGUCAAGCAGACUUACGGGGAGAAAGUGCUCAUUCAGUUUGAAGACUUCGCGAAUCAUAACGCAUUUGACCUUCUUGCAAAGUAUGGAACUAGCCACCUUGUUUUCAAUGAUGACAUUCAGGGGACUGCAUCUGUGGUCCUUGCAGGGCUCAUGGCAGCACUAAACUUAGUGGGAGGAAACUUGGGACAGCACACAUUUUUAUUCCUGGGAGCUGGGGAGGCUGGUACUGGGAUAGCAGAACUCAUAGCUCUCAAGAUAUCGAAGCAGACUGGAGCCCCUCUAGAAGAGACGCGCAAGAAAAUUUGGAUGGUGGAUUCUAAGGGGUUAAUUGUUAGGUCUCGUACGGAGUCUCUUCAACAUUUUAAGAGGCCAUGGGCUCAUGACCACGAGCCUGUAAAAGAACUGGUGAAUGCUGUGAAGUUAAUUAAGCCAACCGUCUUGAUUGGGUCUUCUGGAGCUGGGAAGACAUUUACUAAAGAAGUGGUACAAGCUAUGGCAACCUUCAAUGAGAAACCAGUUAUUUUCGCUCUUUCCAACCCAACAUCACAAUCUGAAUGUACUGCUGAAGAGGCUUAUGCAUGGAGUGAGGGGCGAGCCAUUUUUGCUAGUGGGAGUCCAUUUGCUCCAGUUGAGUACAAGGGGAAAGUCUUCGUGUCUGGCCAGGCAAAUAAUGCAUAUAUCUUCCCUGGGUUGGGUCUGGGACUGAUAAUUUCUGGUGCAAUACGAGUUCAUGAUGACAUGCUCCUGGCAGCCUCGGAAGCUUUAGCAGCAGAAGUUAGUCAAGAGAACUUUGAGAAGGGACUAAUGUACCCACCAUUUGCCAACAUAAGAAAGAUUUCAGCUCACAUUGCUGCUAGAGUGGCAGCCAAAGCAUAUGAACUUGGUUUGGCUACUCGUCUACCUCAACCUGAGAACCUAGCAGCAUAUGCAGAGAGUUGCAUGUACAGCCCCAGUUAUCGUAGCUAUCGCUGAAUCAAGGAAGACAAAUUGUUGCUAUGCAAAUUAGUCAUUGGAAGAC